GGCUGCGCCCAUGUCUCAGUCGGUUUCGAUGUAAUUUAGGGGUCCGUAAUUUAGAUGAGAUUAACCUAGUACUGUUUGAAUUCAGAAUUGUUAUACAUAUGACAUGAAGAAAACAUUUGCAUUAAAAACAAUAUUCUUAAUGAGUGUUGGUUAUUUGGGUUUUCAGUUUCUAGUAUUACCUGCCUAUUUGGAAAGACAGAAAAAAGAUUCUCAAAAAGACGGGGUUGUGCAGAUCACUUUUAACCUGUUCCAGAAUUUGUACACAUCUCUGAGGAUCCCAUUGUUCAUUCUUGAUAUACCAGCAUUGAAUUCUUCUUUACCACCACACCAGAUUGUUGAAGGGUUGAGUAGGCAGAACAUCAUACAUUAUGGUUUGAUAAAAGAUGUAGGAUUUACUUCAACAUUGGAUAAAUACAGACUUCAUUUUGAAACUAUUGGCCUGAAAUUUUACACUACAAGGUCUUUCAACAGAGAGAUAAAGAGCUUGGUGACAAGUCACUAUUUCCUGUGCAGCCCUGAUCUCACAGUGCACGUGGUGGUGUUCUACAAUAAAACAAAGUCUACACUAUGGCACGGAGGUGUACACUGGAGGAAGGAGUUGAAUGACAGCUGUGUUGCAGAUAAAGAAAAUUUCUUUAAACAUGCUGGGUUGUAUGACAGGUUUGGUAUUGUAAAGAAAGGGAAUCUAUUGUUCCCCGAAAAUGUAGCACAGUUUUUGGAUGCCGCAAAGAAUUCACUGUUUCUGGAAUGUAAUUAUACAAGGGCUCAACAGUUUUUUGCCCAACACCCACCUGACAAUGCUGAGGAAUCGCUGAAAUUUCAGAGGAAAGCUCGACAGAUUAUUGCACGUGCAAAGCAAUAUCUCGAUGACCUUGGAAUACCAUUCUGGCUGAGCAGUGGCACUUGUUUGGGAUGGUUUCGUCAGUGUGACAUUAUACCAUAUAGUCACGAUGUAGAUUUUGGUAUCUGGAUCAAGGACUAUAAACCAGAAUUGGUGACAGCUUUUGAAAGAGGUGGAUUCUUUCUGAAACAUGUAUUUGGAAAGGUAAAUGAUAGUUAUGAACUGUCAUUUCAAGCAGGUGACAUCAAGUUAGAUCUGUUCUUCUUUUAUGAAGAGGUGGAUUAUAUGUGGAAUGGUGGGACACAUCAUGAAACAGGACAGAAGUACAAGUACAUAUUUCCAAAGUUUACCAUGUGUUGGACAAUUUUUCUGGAACUGAAAGUGAGAGUUCCCUGUCCUCCAAGACCAUACAUCGAGGCUAACUACGGUAAAAACUGGUCGGAACCAGUCAAAGAUUGGGAAUGGAACAAAAGUCCUCCAAAUGUCAGAGAAAAUGGUGUCUGGCCAAAAGAGGAAUGGAAUGAAGUUAUACAAGUGUAUUGACGGAGAGAUGAGAGUGUUUUAUACUGCUUUGGGAUAUCAUUUAGAGGGAAUCAUACCAGCUUAGGUAUUAGAUUAGAAGAAAUGGGUGAUGGAAACCAGUCCUAGAGGACAAGUUGGAGUGUAAUUGUAAGAGGAAACAUGUCUCAGAAAACCAGUCUGGUUAAGCCAGUCAGUGGGUAUUUGUUAGAGGAUAUUGGGUCUCAGAAAACCAGUCUGUUGAAACCAGUCAGAGGAUAUUUGUUAGAGAAAACUGGUCUCAGAGAACCAGUCUGGUGAAACCAUACAGAGGGUAUAUUUUUGAGGAAAACAGUCUGGAAUACCAGUUAGGGGAAUAAAUAGAAGGAAAGCAGUCAGAGGGUAUUGACUAGAGGAAACCAUUGAAAUACUCAUCGGUCAGACAUUAUUAACUAGUCAUUCAAAGAGACUUGUCACAGUCUAUUUGUGCCUUUGUGAUAAGAUGGGAUCUGUAACAUGAACUGUUACAACAUGUCUGCAGUUUGAGAAUUUUAGCUUGUGAAGGAACUUGUAGAGUAGUGUUAAAGUUAUAGGAGGAAAAGUGACAUUUGACAUACAUGAUGUUAGAUAUAAAGAUGAAAAUUGAUAGUAAUUAGAUUAAACAGGUUUAGAAUGUG